CACCCUCAUGUCUUCGUUCCAAAUGUUGCAAUCACACGCACCACUCAAUCUUCUGUCUGAACACCAGUCCGAAUCCAUUCUGAAUCCCACCUCUGAUGGUCCUCCUUCUGAGGCGAGUCAGAUGAAUGUACUUGACGUCUCGUUUGACUUUGACCUGAUUGCGGCGUGCCUUUUAGAUGAGAAUCAGUACAGUUCUGGAGCGCUUCUCAGUCCUCCCUCAACAUCCUCAUUGCUGUCUCCCCCUGGGAUCCAAGCACGUGCAACAGGCACCGUUCCCACGAUUUCCGAGAAUACGGUGCCCCCAAUGAACGCUUUGGCCAAUGGGCUCGAAGAUGCUACAGUCUACCCUACGAACAAAGCGCAAAACACUAGCAUGUCUGUUCCAGCCGGCGGCCCCUGGUUCACUUCGGACCUCGUGACCACAUGUGGUAACCAGAACGGAGGUACGAGUUCUGCUUUAGAGUCCGUGAACUGGAAUGCUCUUCCAUCUCAUCGCCCAUGGUGCCAUGCGCACCGUCAAAACGCAUCGCAUACCACUGGUGUGCACCACAGUAGAACAUCGGACUCCGGUAUGCAGCGAACUGGUCAAGCCUCUACAAGUACUGGUCAGUUCUGGCCCAUGGCUACCCAUUCGGUUCCUAAGGCCCUUCCUGGCUACCGUAUCGAUUGCGAUCAAUUUUCCGGAUGUAAUGGAGUGGAUGGAGAUGGAGAAGAGGAAGAGGAAGGGUCAACUGAUAACCAAGAAGUGGUUUGCGCAUCUUCACAGGCAGCUGCUUUACGUGGGAACAGUGCUCAAGUCACUAGCUGUGUCACGGACUACCGCAGAAUGGACCCUAAAUUGUUGGCACUACAGAAGGAACCUAUUUCAACUCACUAUA